GUCCUGCCCGGCCACAGUCACUCCUUUUCUGACCAAUAGUGUGUAUGUACCUCGGACCACGUACAGCUGCUUCUGGCUUCCUCGUGGUGGGUCGAUCCACAGUCAACAGUGAUUUGAAACAGAGACGUGGAGGGUGACCUUUAUUCAACGGUACCCUUUCAGAAGAGAAAUCUAGUUGCUUAACAUACAGCAGUUGACAAGACUAUAACCUCGCCUGUAGGUGACCAGGACAAAAUUGCGACUUCCUCUCGCCGGAACCCAUCCAUCAACAGUAGGCUUCCCCGUUGUUGACGCCAAGUUCCCCGGCCCGUCGACAACAAUUGUUGUUUGAUGUGAGAUUUUCCCGUAAACGUCAACGCCAAGUUUUCUCGUCGACACUAAGUGAUCCCACCGACACGUCAGGCCCGCCCGUUGACAAACAGACACGCCUCCCUUCCCAUUGCCCAUCACGCCACCUUCAAAAUGCCAAUGAAAUUUGCAGGUCAAGAAAAUGCUAACCUCAACUGCGCCGGGGACCCAGAUACGCUGGAGCCCCACAUGCGCGAUAGUAUUAAAGAAAACGAUAUUCUCAUCUGGAUUUACAACAUGAUCGACGAGGCUGCCAGGGUCGACUUCGAAUUUUUCCUCAAAGAUGGUUGUAUUCUUUGCAAGUUGAUGAACCGCAUAAAGCCCGGUUGCAUCCCAGAGGAAACCAUCACAUGGGAGGGCGCUCGUAGCAAGCAGAUCAACAUACGCAACUUCCUGGAGCAAGCAGAGACGUACGGCGUGCCCAAGGCCAAGCUCUUCUUUGUGGAGGACCUGUUGCACCUGAGACACAUCCCCAGGGUCACGAGGUGUAUCUACGCCCUGGCCAAGCUGGUAGCCGAGGAUCCUAACAUGGGCCCCGACUGUCCCAAGUUGGGAGACGAGCCCAGUUUCAUGCAGGACCAGCCCAAGAAGAAAGUGGAGAUUCCUGGUCACAGGGACACCAAGGAAGUCAUGGCCCAGCUUACAGCUCAGAAACCCAAAGAGGAGAAGAAGGUGGUGAAGCACUCGCUCUACCAGUGAGGAGGAGGCGGGAGAAGAAGGGGAAACAUAGACUGGAUGAGGUUUUCGUAGAAGACAGGGAAAGAGGAGGAGAAGAGUAAAUAUUCAGGGUGACAUGAGCAAUGGAUUUUUGACAAGGAUCAAUGUGCAGAGGGAAGAAGUGUGUGAGAGAUGCUAAAGUGACGGUAUAGAAGAGGACAUAGUAAAGAUUAUAUAUACUAAUGAACGGCUGCAGUAGCCACAUUUAAUUGUAGUCGUAUCACAUUUUUUAAGUAACAAGCAAAAUUUUUUUUUAAUUGGAAGACAAAGAGACGUAGAGGUCAGUAAAGCGAGCACCUUAAUCACCGGAAGUGCCCCUAUCACCUACGAGUGCGGAAGAUAUUCAAAAAACGUCGAAGCAAAUGCUAUGUAAAUCAUAUUUGAAAACCGACGAUUGCAUAUAUCUUAUAGGUAUUUUUUUUUUUUUAGUUC